UACACACACAAAUAUUACAUAUUGAACGUAAAUAAACAACAGAAGUAUCAUACAUUUUUGCCGAAGAGUUGAAUAUAUAUUUUUUUUCAAAUGAAACUUCAUAUAUUCAUAGUAAAUGCUCUUUUGUUAUUAGAAAUAUCACAAGCAGCUCCAAUUAGACCAUUUCAGGACGAACUUUCAUUCAGAGAAUCUAUCCAAGCUAAGAACGCGGAUGUAUUUUUCAUGCGGUUUGGUUACAUGAAAAACAUGAAUACAAGAACAAGACAUGUGAACAAAGCUGUCGACAGGAAAGAAGCAAUUAGGAAAUUUCAACAAUUUAACGGAAUGAAUAUCACUGGAGAGUUAGACCAAGAAACCAUAGAAAAAAUAAAACAGCCUCGUUGCGGAGUGGCAGACUUCAACGACUCUUCUCGAGACAGACCGUUGCAGUUUAAUGCACCAGGUUAUAAGUGGAGUAAAAGAAGGAUAACAUGGAAGCUAACAGGAUUUACCAAUCAGCUUCCGAACUCGACACAAACAUCAGCUUUCGAGAGUGCGUUAAAGAAAUGGUCCGAUGUGACGCCAUUGAUAUUUGAAAACACAGAUAGCUUUCCAGAUAUAGAAAUUCUAUUUGCCAGGGGUAACCAUGGUGACGGAAUGUAUAACGCUUUUGAUGGUCCAGGAAGAGUUUUAGCGCAUGCGUUUUAUCCAACCGAUGGUGACACCCAUUUUGAUGAAGAUGAAACCUGGAUUUUUAGAUCAGGAACGGGAACUGAUCUUGAGGUUGUAGCUGCACAUGAAUUUGGACAUGCAUUAGGACUUGGUCAUUCGCAAAACACUGCUUCUUUGAUGGCGCCAUUUUAUAAAAGAAUGGACCCAGGUUGGCAACUCCACCAGGACGACAUUACAGGAAUACAAUCGCUCUAUGGGGUUCCAGAAGAUCAGCUGUCAGCGCCAUUACCUUCACCAACGACCACUUCAUCCGGAAUCAACCUUAAACUUAUUCAUAAUAUUAAGUAUAUUAUUACAGCUUUUGUAGUUUACAGAUAUAUUUUGGGAAUGCUGUGAAUUAUGGUUUGACUUUAUGUUCAAUGGAUAAAAUGUGAUGAACAGAGACUGUGCAAUAUAUUAUUUAGUAAAUUUCAUGCAUGGAAUAAACUUAUAUUCAUGUCUCCAGAUUAUAAAAAGCAUGCUGGUUGAUGUAUAUGCAGUCAAAACAUUAAACUGAAGAAAUAAAGUCGAUGCAGCAAAAAAGAAAAUAGUGACAAUUAGACAUUCGUGAAGAUCGAACGAGGAC